CAAUAUUACUAGAUCUAGUAUUCUACGUUCCUCAACACAGGGCGAGCCUGACAACUCCCCAGAGUGGUACCUGAAACACCUGACAGAGGCGCUGGGUUUCCUACAGGACAAUUUCCCGAGGACUUUCGUCAGUUUGGUGGAGAUCCUUCCUAUCGAGCAGAUCCAAGAGUUGAACAGUAACAUUGUCUGCUCUUUUCUUCACAGCCCAGCGGAGACGUUGACUACUCACUGAUGGCUGCUGACUGCUUCCAUUUCAGCCGGAAAGGCCACGCCUUGGCUGGCAUAGGGCUCUGGAACAAUCUUAGGAUCGUCCUUUCCUCGCAACUCGUCGGAACAGCGUGCUUGGCUUACAGUUGGGGGCGGAUGGACCGUCGUCGAAUUCAACCACACCUCGUGCAUCAUCAUCCAAGUCAAAUACCACCAAGAAAUACGCCGCUCCUGUCGUCGCAAUUUCAGCACUCAUCGCUAUGUCGCUUGUUGCAACUGGGCUUGCGUUUUGGAGGAAGAAGACGAAUAAUCAUAGACUCUACGAGAAGAUUUGAUGUAGGAUUAUGAACAGCUUAACCCUAUCCGUACGCCGUGUUUUACUAUAGUAUCCAUACGACGAGGGGAAGUCUGUGUCACCA